UUGGAACUGGUACUGACUUUCGCCUGAACGGACAUAAAGUAGCAGUGACUCAAGGACUGAAAGAAGAAACCUAAAGUUUUAAUAAGGACCAAAACUAAAGACACACAGGAAACCAGUUUGACAGGAUUUUUUCUGUUUUGAUUGCAGGAUGGAACUCGAUCUUUGAAGUGAUUUCCUCUUCAAUUUAGAGACAAUGCUUUGCUCUAUGCUUCCAGGGUAGAAUCAGUUUCUGUUUUCAAGCUUGGAAUUAAUAUUUGCUGACCCCCAGGCAAUUUGUUUUUUGACUGCUAAAAUGGAAAACACCAAUGGAACUGAACAACCUCUUGAAGACGAUGAAGCUGCCGAGAUGCAAGUGUACAAGCUCUAUGCAGCCGCAAUAAUUGUGAUUUUUAUCUUGGCUUUGCCUCUGAAUGCAUCUGUCAUCUACCUCUUUAUUUUCAAGCUCAGGUUUUGGAAAUCCAGCACAAAUAAUAUCUUCCUCUUCAACCUGGUUUUGGCUGACAUCCUCCUACUGAUCUGCUUGCCCAUAAAGGCCUAUACCUUCAUCCAAGGAGUUAGAAAUAGUAACAAUGACGCUGUCUGCAAAGCCAUGCUUUUCAUGUUGUUUUUAAACCGUGGAGCUAGCAUCGCCUUCCUAACAGCGACUUCCAUCCAUCGGUAUUUUCAUGUGGUGCACCCUGGUCGAAAAAGUCUCCUAAAAGCGCUUAAGAAGUCUCCACAGAUCUCUGUCCUCAUCUGGGUGCUGCUUCUGCCUCUCACCAUCCCCACCAUGCUCAAAAACUUUGACUGCUCUUACAGCCUCAUUAAAGAAAAUGCUACCGUGAUCAAGGAUGUGGUGGAUGGCAUCAGAGAGACUGUAAUCUUUACUCAGAUCCUGGUCCCGUUUGUCAUCCUGCUCUACUGCACUGUGCGCAUCGUCAACCGACUCAGGAAAAAAACAGUCGGGGAUAGGACCAAGCUGAAGAGAGCAGUAUUUCUGGUCACUGCUGUCAUGGUGCUCUUUUCAUUCUGUUUCCUCCCCUGCACCAUAGUCAGGAUGGUUCUGCUUAUCAUUCGGGUCAAAGAUAUGCCUGAUUACAUCGAGCACAAAGCUGUAGUGGCCUUUGAUGGCCUCAUGGUCCUCUCCUACAUAGACUGUCUGCUUGACCCACUUGUCUACUGCUUCUCUAGCACCAAGUUCAAAGCACUUUAUCUAUCCAAUUACUUCCCAUUUUUAGUAAAAGAAACUCCACAGGUCAGCUCAACAGGAAAGACAUACAGAACUACAAACACUACUGUCAUUUCAGGUUUAUGAAAACAAAGAAGGGAUAGUUCCCAUACAGAGUGUGGUUUCUCUCCAUAGUAGCCGCAGGUUGAAAAAAAAUGGUUCAAUGGUUAAAAUGUGUUAUGAGGACAAGGCAUAUAAAUAUUUCAAUUCCUACUUUCUUAAGAUUUUCAAAUAUACAGAAGUAAAAAAAUGAAAAAAUAUAUUAGUUUAUCAGCCCUAUGGAUAUAGCACAGGGGUCAAAUUUUUAAAUUUCUGUAGGAGAAUGCCUCCCAGCCAAAGUAUGCACAUCUGUUCUUCCUGUUUGGCUUGGACAGUGAAGGAAUUCCUUUCAAAAAUACAUUCUGUCAAAUUAUACCAACACAGCUUUUAUCUAAGCCACAACAGUGAAACAAGUUUUUGUUUUUCACACCAUCUGUUAGAUAACAUUUAGAGGAUCCUCAGUCUGCAGGUGAUUAAUACGUCAUUUUAAAAGUACAUACAGGGAAAUUAUCAUGACAGGGGAUUUAAAAUGCUAAUUUCCAGCUCCUAACAGUUCAAUAUAAUAAUUAUUUUUUAUAUUUAUAUUUAUUUUUUCUUAAACUGGGCCAUGUAGCAGACAUUCAGUUUAUCCACAGUCAGAAGUAAGUCUCGCUCUCAGUCAUGUGUCUUCUGAUUGGCUUCACAUCAUCAAAUGGUGGAAUGAGAAGGAUCUACACAAUUUUAGGCAGGUGGCUUUAACAUUGUGGCUGGUCGGUACUGAACUGUUUGUGAUGUAUGUAUAGAGAUAUGUAUAUAUAUUCAUCCUGAGAUUAUUUCUAAUAAAUGGAUUAUGGUAUGUUGGGAACACUUUGAUGAUACCACCUUGAAAGCUCUGCUCACAAAGUGCCACGCCCACAAAUGACUCUUACAACGUAAUACACUCAACCUGAACUUAUCUUCACCCUGAGCUAGUCCCAGAAAUCCCAGCAUUUCUAUAUAAGUCACAUGGGUGAAAUUACUCACCUUAAUGACACCAUCAGUAGAUGUAGCGCACCGAGUGAGCGUAUGUCUGGUGUAACUGUCUGUCAGUAAAUAGACACCUCCCUGAUUUAAGUAGUCAAUAAGUUGGAAUCUGGUGAGUCUAUGCUCUCUGCUUUCAUCUACAAUUUAAAUCAUCUGUGGGUUAACAAUGAGUCACUGCAAGGUACAAACACUUAUGCACUUAUUUGGCAUAGCAGUAUUUGUCAUAGUUCUUCAUUGUAAGAAAAUAAUGAAUAACUACAAGUGUAAUAACAGAGUUAAAUAACUCUUUUGAGUUAUGGGUAAAAAACAAACUGAGGAGAUACAUAAGCUAAGGCAAAAAUGUAAGCUGAAUAUUUACAUCUACAAAUAUGACAUCUGCUUUGCCUGACAACGAGUAACUCACGCAGUGUAAACAGGAAAUAAAUACCAAGUAAAGAGAGAAUUGUAUAGCUUGAGGUCAAAAAUGGUAUGACUUUAAAUAAUAAGGAGACAGAGUUAGAAGCAAUAAAAUAUUAACACUUUGCAGUGAUUACUUUGUUUACUUGUCUGAAAGUUGUGUAAAUGUGACAUUUUGAAAAUAUUAUUUGUUUAUCUGUGACCCUAAUGAAUUCAGCUGCAAAGUCAAUAUGCUUCAUUCUUGUGUUACCGUAUCAUCCAAUCUGCAUUUUACAUUUAAA